AUGUUAUUACAUUAUUCAUUCCACUACCAACCUAAAACAUAGUGAACAAUUUAAUAGUGACACCACAACAGAAAGAAAAAUCAGAGAAUGAAAUAUGGUUGGUCUUGGUGUUGUGCUUGAAGAACAACAACCACAUAAGAAAAAGUGUAAUAUCAACAUCAACAACAACAAUAACACUUAUCAAGUUAUUAACAAAACUACCAUGAUGCUUAGCAGCACAAUCAACAACAAUGCUUCCUAUCCACUUUCCUACCAUUCUCCUUUUAAGGUUUCAACUUUUCUUGACCAAUGCUUUCUAUGCAGCAAGAAGCUCUUACCUGGGAAAGAUAUCUACAUGUACAAAGGAGACAGAGCCUUUUGUAGCGUGGAUUGUAGGUGCAAGCAUAUUUUAGCGGACGAGGAAGAAGCUACGAAGAAACAGAACAUUUUUGAAGAGUAACACUAGAAAUGUUAGGGUGGGGGAUUUUUUUUUUUUUUUUUUUGGCUAUGGAUCAUAUUCCAGUUUUACCCAUGGUUUAAUUUUUGUAAUGACCUCAGCACCCUUUGUCCUUUAUUUUGCUUCCUAGUAUGAAGCCAAAGUGUCCUUUCAGCUUUUAAUUUUAUUGGGUCCAUCUAUUGUAAGAUGAGGGGCUUUCUCUAUGGUAUGGUACUGGUUCAUGCUAUGUUUUUACUUUCUUUUUUAAUUAUUAUGCUUUCACUUUAUUUGCCCAAAUAAUAGAGAACUGCUUAUUUUAUUUUUACUUUGGAA